UCCUCUCUCGAUCACUUGACGGAGUGCAGACGGUGUGAGAGCGUCCCCUUUUCUCACUGCCUGCACCAGCAGAUUGAGUGACCGAGUAGAGCUGGAGGUGAGAAAGGCAGCGAACGGGAGAGGAGAGGACGGUCUCGACUCAGUCGGGACUGAUAUUGUGCGCAGUGACGUGCUUUCAACAUGCCUCUGAAGACUACCAGACGGCCUGGGAUUGCUGUGCUCAUCUUCUCCUUGCUUCUCAGCUCCCAUGGGACAGAUGUUUGUGACAGCCCGCUAGUGUCGAAUCUGCCCCACUCAUCAUUCCGUAGCUCCUCACUGCUGUCUGGUAGCCAUGGGCCGGUCUAUGCGAAGGUCAAUAGGAGAGAAGGUGCUGGGGGUUGGUCUCCUCUCAUCACAGACAGAAACCAGUGGCUGGAGGUGGACCUGGGGAGGAGGACACAAAUCACGACUGUUGCCACUCAGGGACGUUAUGGCAGCUCAGACUGGUUGACAGCCUACCUGUUGAUGUUUAGCGACACGGGCCACAAUUGGAGACAGCAUCGUCAAGAAGACAGUUUUGGGGCUCUUCCAGGUAACAGCAAUGCUGACACUGUGGUGCAGUACAAACUUGAACAGACGGUGGUAACUCGCUAUCUCCGCCUUAUCCCUGUGGCCUGGAACCCAAAUGGGAGGAUUGGACUUCGACUAGAAAUAUACGGAUGUCACUAUGCAUCUGAUGUAGCAAACUUUGAUGGCAGCAGCAGUGUGCUAUACAGGCUGAGUGCUCGGUCGAGCCCGAUGGCCAUUUCUCUGAAUUUGAAAACUCCAAAGAAUUCUGGAAUCCUGCUCCAUGCUGAGGGAACGGGAGAUCACAGCAUCACUCUGGCUUUGGAAAAAGGGAAGCUGCUUCUCUUUCACCAACGAGGUUUGAGUUCUUCCUCUGGUGGUCAUAUCCUUACAACAAUUGGUAGUCUGCUUGACGACCAACAUUGGCACCAUGUAAAGCUUGAGCGAUUCGGCCCCCACUUCAACCUCUCUGUGGAUAAGAAUAAACAGCAAGUUGUCAUACCCACUGAACUCAGCCGCUGGGACAUUCACUGGUUGAUUGUCGGAGCUGUCCAAAGCCCCGGACUUAAGUCAAACCCCAAUCAGAAGAAUUUCCACGGCUGUGUGGAAAACCUGCAUUACAAUGAUCUCAACCUGAUAGGCAUGGCAAAACAAAACAACUCUCAGGUCACUGUCUUGGGCAAUGUGACUUUUUCUUGUGCUGAGCCAGUGUCAGUGGCUGUAACGUUCACAGACUCCCAGAGCUUCCUCCAGUUGCCCGGACGCACAACGGAGUCAUCGGGGUUCGUCGUGAUAGCUUUACAAUUCCGUACAUGGAACGUGGAGGGACUGCUGCUCACCUUUAACUUUGUGCAGCAGCACAGAAUUCUCUGGCUGUACCUGAGUGAUGCCAGACUCCAACUACAGAUCAAUGACACUGUCGGGGUGCUCCUCCACCUGAAUACAGGUUCAGGGCUGAACGAUGGUCAGUGGCAUUCAGUGGAGCUCAGCUGUGGACAAGAUCACCUGAAUGUCACAGUUGACAAAGAUGAAGAAGCCACUGCUCACACUGCAGGCAUCCCACAUCCUGGUGGUCAGGUAUUCUUUGGUGGCUGUCCUCCGACGGGUGCUCAUCACAAAUGUAGCAACCCCGUUACAACUUUCCAGGGUUGUAUGCGCCUUGUGGCUCUGUCUAAACAUCCGGCGGACUUCAUCAACAUGCAAGAAAGGCUGCUCGGAAAUUACAGCCACUUGCAGAUUGAUAUGUGUGGCAUCACCGACAGGUGCUCCCCCAAUCACUGUGAACAUGGAGGAACAUGUACUCAGUCGUGGCGCACCUUCCAUUGUAACUGUUCCAACAAUGGCUACAGAGGCGCGACCUGUCACAGCUCAAGAUAUGAGCAGUCCUGUGAGGCAUACAAACACAAAGGGAGAACAUCAGGACAUUAUUAUGUGGAUGUGGAUGGCAGUGGACCAAUCAAACCUCAACUCGUAUACUGCAACAUGUCAGACAGGGCAUGGAUUGUGAUCAAGCACAAUAAUACAGAACUGACCACACUGCAGUCGAGCGCUGAGAGAAAGCAACAUAGAGCCCAUUUCCAGUACGCUUCAGAAGAGGAGCAGUUAGCGGUGAUCCUCAACCAAUCAGCGCAUUGUGAGCAGGAACUGUCAUACUUUUGCAGGAAAUCCCGUCUCCUCAACAAACCAGACAGUACGCCACUAAGCUGGUGGUUUGGAGGUCAAGCUCCUGGACAGAUCCAAACACAUUGGGCUGGAGCUUUGCCAGGCAGUCGACAGUGUGCUUGCGCCCUGCAUAACAACUGUCUGAAUUCAAAUGUCCAGUGCAACUGUGAUGCUGACAGUGAACAAUGGACUAAUGACUCAGGUCUCCUCACCCACAUGGAGACUCUGCCAGUCCGCUCUGUGGUACUCGGGGGUAGCCAGCCAGGCUCAGAAGCUGCCUACAAAGUGGGACCUCUUCGUUGUCAUGGAGACAAAAGUUUUUGGAAUGCUGCACUCUUUGAUAAAGAGACAUCCUACCUUCACUUCCCUACCUUUCAUGGAGAGCUGAAUGCAGACAUCUCCUUUUUAUUCAAAACAACAUCUUCCUCUGGGGUCUUCCUGGAAAAUCUGGGCAUCAAAGAUUUUAUACGAAUUGAACUCAGAUCCCCCUUGGAGGUGAUGUUCUCUUUUGAUGUGGGGAACGGACCACUGGAGGUCAAAGUGGAAGCAAGUGACCCUCUGAAUGACAACCGCUGGCACAGUGUCCGAGCCGAACGAAAUGUCAAAGAGGCAAUGCUUCAUGUUGAUGACCUGCCUGCAGCCACACAGGAGGCUCCUUCUGAUGGCCAAAUUCAUCUGCAGCUAAACAGUCAACUAUUUAUAGGGGGUACGGCUUCCAGACAAAAGGGCUUUCUGGGUUGUAUCCGCUCUCUGCAGUUAAACGGAAUCACCCUUGAUCUGGAGGAGAGGGCGAGGAUCACGCCUGGGGUCCAACCUGGAUGCCCGGGCCACUGCAACAGCUAUGAGUUUCUAUGUCAAAACCAGGGUCUUUGUGUGGAAAAACCCAACGGUUUCUACUGUGACUGUAGUCAGUCAGCCUACACUGGAGCCUUCUGCCAUAAAGUGAUUUCUGCCAACUUUGAGUCGACAACAUCUAUCAGAUACACACUUAAGGAGCCCUUUGAGCUGAGCCAGAGCCAUAGUGCCUUGCCUUCAUCUAUCUUCUCUAAAAUGACACUGAGAGGUGAAAAUAUCUCCCUGAACUUCAGGACGAGACAGACUCCUGCACUGCUGUUCUUUGUCAACUCAUUCUAUGGGGAAUACAUCGCCCUGCUCAUCAACAGACAUGGUGAACUGGAGUUAUGGUACAAGUUGCACAACAGUAGAGAUGUGGAAGUGUUUGGAAGCAAUGUCAUGAACCUGGCAGAUGGAUGCCUGCAUGUGGUGGCCAUCAAGAGGCACAAAGACUCAAUUUCCAUUCAGGUUGACAAGAACGACAUUGAGCGCUUCAUCUUGACAUCUGAUGUAGAAUUCAACAGCAUCAACUCGAUUAUUCUGGGACGAGCACGCGGGGCUGAUAUGUUUGACAUGGAGCUGGCCAGGGUGGGCGCUCUUGGCUUCACCGGUUGUCUGUCAGCAGUGUACUUUAACUCCAUCAGUCCUCUGAAAGCAGCUCUUCUCCAACCUGACCGCAAUAUCGCCAUCUCAGGCCCACUAACACAGUCAAAUUGUGGUUCUCUAUCCUCUGCUAAUCCCCAAUUAUCAGUAACAACACAUUCUUUACCAGACCCACCUGCUUCACUGGAUCCAAGCCAACCCUUAGUCAAAACCAUCAGGAGUGACUCAGCUCUAAUUGGAGGCGUUAUCGCAGUGGUCAUCUUCAUCACUGUGUCUGCCCUGGCCAUCAUCAUCGGAAUCACCUGCAGCAGACUUGAGACGCAUCUGAACAGGGAUGUGAAAGCGUCACAGCCCGACGUUAUCAAUGAUGUCCACUUAAGUGAUGAGCUUAAUUAUCAGAGUGCUCGGAGUGACAACCAAAAGGAGUUUUUCAUAUAAAGUAUGACUGACACGACAGAGUCACCCUCAUCUGGAUGUCCUUUUUGAGAGACUGCAUCUUGGAGCCAUUGGUCUAUUUUCGAUGCUUUUUUUUUUCCAUUUUGAUUUGUAAAUGUUGUACGUGUUGCACAAAUUGGUAAGCUAUCAAUUAUAGGUGGAUUCUAAGCACUCAGCAGUAUUCUGAUUGUGCGUGCGUGCGUGCGUGCGUGCGUGCGUGCGUG